AUGGACGAGACCCAUGACCCAGAUUCAACGCCGGCAGACGAAUCUCAUUUUGGGACUCAGAUCUCAUACAUCCUCGCCGGUCUCGAUGCGGUCUGGUUGGCUUCAAUAGGCCUCAUGGGAUUUCGCUCCAUCGUGAAACGUAGAAGACAGCACAUGCAAGCACAAGGGGAUAUUGAGAGCCGGCAUGUCGCUCCGGGCGGCAUAAUGACUUUGCAAACUCUCGACUCCACAAGCCCAGCUGAAAGCUACAAAUUCCCCCCGUCGUCUAAGACGCAGCCAUCUUUGGAAUCGCACACUAUUGAUUCGGCAGAACUCUGGUACGUUCUUGGCCACUUUCCGCCUUUCACGUUCAAAUUCUGA